GCUGGGCGCAGCAAUAACACCAGAAAAUAUCUGCAGGAAGAAAAAACAGUAGAAACUGCAGUUAUCGCGAUCUAAAACAUCGUGUAAUUUUAAAUUUUACAUGGAGCACUUCUUCUAAGAAGAAAGCCUUUUUUAUUUUCUAAUUUUGUGCAAUAACUACCUCAUAUAAAGGGUACCUAAAGCUAUGCUUUAAGAUUUAUUGACGUUUUUACUGUGUUUGUUCAUCACGUUUACAACUUGAAACAUUUUGCAAAGGCAGGCCUUUGUAUCAAUACCAAGAAAAACCUUAAAAUUGCACUCCCAGAGCCCGUGGACUCAUCUGAGAUUUCCUUGGAAACAAGGGCUUGAAGAAAAAGGCCAAUACACCGUGCUCACAACUCCCGACCUGUCAGGUCAACAAAAAUCAAGAGCAACAACACAAAUAAAUCUUAGAUAGCUGGAGAGUUAAACACAUUUUUCAGGCUUUUAAAGUAAAAUUCGAAGGCAGCUCUCCCACAGAAACAAGUCUUCAGAUCUGCUCUGUGACCCUUGACUUCACCCUCCAGCGUAACUAUGUUCCAACGACUAAGCAGCUUCUUCUUUGGAGAAGAGGAGGAAGCAUCAGCUGAACUGAAGGGACCCAAGCCCUGUGUGACUGAAGCUGACGAGGAGGGAUGGCUCCUGGUCAAUCUCCCUGGGAAUGGUGAUUGUGUGAUGUUAGGAGAGGAUGGGGUAGAGGUGCCCUCAAUAGCACAGUCCCUUCCCCACAGUGAGUGUCAGAGGGUGGAGUCAGAACAUAAGACAUACACACCCUCUCAGACCUGUGUCCCCACCCCACCACCAUGCAAAAGCCGCAGGACUAGAGGGGGCAGGGCACAAGCGGCAUUUCCUCCCUCCCCGUCCUCCUGCCCUUCCCUUCGCCCAACCCCUCCUUCUCUUUCUGAGUCAGUAGGUGUGCAUGUGCGUUCCAGCCCCACCCACUGCCCUAGGGGCUCUGUCCCUGUGUCCCCGGGCUCCCGGAGUGACUGCAGCAGCGGUGGGCUGGAGCGCUGCAGCAUGGACGAGAGCUGGUUUAUCACCCCUCCCCCCUGUUUCACUGCAGAAGGCGCCACAGCCGAGACCAGCCCCAUGGAGGACCUGCUCAUCGAACACCCAAGCAUGUCUGUCUACGUCUCCCCCGGCAACCUGUCCAUGGUGGAGGAGAGUGUGGCCAGUCUGGCUGGCAGCGUGAGUAAGAUGUCUGACUCAGCAGCGCCCCCUGUGGUCAGGAGCACUCUGCCUCCACGCAUUGCUCGAGGAGCAGCCUCUCAGGCAGGAGCCUUGGUCAAAGUUACUCAAGUGUCCCGCGUCCAACGGGCCAAAGCCCGCGCUGAGCGUCGCAACCUGGGCCGUAAACGCAUUCAGCGCCAGAACCGUGUCCGAGAGCAGGUCCCUCGGCAUGUGGCCCAUGCCCGCAACUCCUUCCUGCACCAGCCGUGCCAGCGCAGCUUCUGCCACUGAGGUGCUAGGAGAGGCUGCCGUCAACACCAUGGGCAUUAUUACACUUCACCCUAUACUACAAAAUAUUUAGAUAUCCCAUCACCUACACGUCUGUAUUUUUCAACAAGUCUUUUUUUUUGGCUUUAGUGCUUCUAGUUUCCUUCUUCUCUUUACCUGUCCAUAAAGUUUUAAAAUUUAUUUGUGCUAGUUGGAAAAAUCCAUUAAGUACAAAACAUGUCACUUGUUUUGGCUAGAGUUCUUCAACUGUUUUUUUGUUUUGUUUUUUGAUAAGGUCUUUCUCUCUCAUUCUUGCUCCUGGCUGUAUUACAGAACCCACUAGCUAUCACCGUUUUACUCUUGUUAAGCCCUCUCUGUGACCUUUCUUUUCUCAAUUCCAAAACUAAUUUGCAUGUUGAGGUGGAAUUAAAAGUCAAGAAUUCAAGCCAGCGAGGCUUUCCGUGGGGAUAUGCUCAUCUCUGUGCUCUGUCAUAUGGGCAGGAAGAUUAGUCAUUAUGGAGUGUAAUAUUACUUGACAGUUAUAGGAGUCUCUGGUGAAUUCUCAUUUCCUUUAUUUGCUUUCAUGUUUGUUUUGGAAAAGAGGGGUUUAAUGUUUCCUCUUUUUAUUUUAAUUUGAAAAACUGAGGGGAAUACUGUGAAAAUGUGUUGUGGGAUGCGUCAUGUCACUUGUUCCCCAGGUUCUGGAAGGAUACAUCACAUAGGCCUGGUAACUGAGGAACAAAGAAAUGUUAUCUAAGCUCCAGUGACAUGGCCAAGGUCCAUUUUAGCAACACAAUGGAUAGAAAAAAAGCAAGUAGAGGAAGGUGAGGGCAAGAAUAAAACAGGUUAAAGAGGUCCUCCAGGGUUUGCUGAGAGAAAGACUUGUCGGAGAUUCAGAGGGGAAAAAGUUAAGUAUAUAGUGUAACCCUCUGAGCAACCAGUCCCUAUGUUUCAUACCAUUUCAUGAAGACAAACAGUUAAGCAGUGGUCACAGUGACUAGGCAGAAAUUGAUUGUUGUGCUUAUCUGUAACACAAAGCAUAAGAUCUGUCUUCUGACAAGAAUGUGCCACGUAAAAGUCUAGCAUGGUGAGAUUCACACAUUAAAGUUUAGUUCUUGUUUUCAAUGUACAAAUGUUAUAUCAUGUAUCGUUAAUGAAUGUCUUAACAAAUCAAUCAUCUAGGGUCGUUGAUAUAUCUGAGACAGUAUAUUACUGAUACAUUUAAGAAACAUAUGGACGUUGCUAUGGGUUACCAGGUAUGGUUGGUUUCAGAAAGUGUGUGACAGUAUAGAGAGUGACUCUUUAUUACGUUUUGUUUUACCUUGGAUCAUUUGCUGCUACAGUAGAUCCAAGGAGACCUUUGACUCCUAUUCUGUUUAUCCCAUUAAUACCAGUCAACAUGCAUUCCCCAUGGAAAGCCUUUUAUUAGUAAGACACUGAUAGUAACACGAGAGAAUAUUGAUCGAUAUCUGGAGUUCAGCUGAGUACAUCUGAAUUAAUGUGACUUUUGUGGCCCAAAUACCAGUCCGGAGAGGGGGAGAGAGGGAGAGAGCAAGCAAAGUUUACCUGCCUCCAUAUCCACUGUCGUUCAUUAUAAAGCAACAACAGCAGUCUGUCACUGUACCAUGUUUCUCGACAUCGUUAUUAUUUUACAGUCAUCAUUUCUAUUCAAAAUAUGAGUGACAACCUCACAGAAAACUUCUGUGUGUAAAUGUGUGCUAAAGCCAAUCUUAUUGUGCUAUGGUGUUUGCAGGGUAAGUGUUUUUGUAGAAGGGUUGAGAGAGGGAAUAACAGCCCUCCCAUCUCUCCCCUCCCAACUGCCACCGCCCAUGCAAGUCAACCCUGAGAUCUUCUCUCCUCCAACUCUCUCAGUGUUAUUUUGUUAGCACAGCAAAAUGUACGUAACAGUGUCAUCUAUGUUGUGAUCUAGCUUACAUGUAUAUUCAUUAAUGAUUAGAUGAACUAUGGUGCUGAAGUAUAUGAAUAUAUACUAAGAUUUGUACAUUUUUGAGACUUGGAUGUAAGUUUGCACUGUCUUACUUUUUUUUGUGAAUCAAGGUUUUAGCUGUGUGCAGAGUGCUGUUUUUGCUAGUUUGUUUCUAAUUAAACAGUAAGGUGUUUUGAAUGAGAAGGGUAAGCAGACAUGCACGACUUGAAUAAAAAGAGAAAAAAAAAUAAUUACAACUAUUUAAAAUAAGUUUUCACUUAGAUGUAAAUAAUGCACAGCUCCUCAUAGUGUAAUGUCAAUGUUCUGCGCACUCGUACUGUCAUCAUUUACUGCUCAGAGAAUUUUUUUUCUCCAACUGCAAAAAAAAAAAAAAAAAAAAAAAAAAGCUAUGUCCUGUGAGUCACUUGAGAUCCUUUGUACACACUUCCCCCUACUGGGUAUGGCAUGAAGUGACCUCACACAUUGUUAAUUAAAUAUUGCUCUCAAUGGAGAUCAGGGAGAUACAAAAGAAUGUCUGUAUAUCAGCUGAGGGGAAAGAACUUGAGGGUAAGAUUUAACUUUUAGAGGUUUGUUUUUAAAAUGACACCUGCAUGCAACAUGUUUAAAUCUUAAAAGUUUAAAUUAUCAUUCUCCUUGUUUAAUCAGAAACCAGGGUUUCCAAGUCUAUUUUCAAUCAUACA